GAUGUAAUUAUUUAUUGUGAGCAGUACUUAAAUUGUUUUUUAGUUUUGCUCAAAAAUGUCUAUUAAAACCACAUUAUUGGCCGGCAUUCAAACAAUUAAGAGCUGCGCUCGGCUUUCUCCUAAUGUCUCCUUUAUACACACAAGUGCAAAUUUGAGAAAAGCUGAGGAUCGUAAGGAAAUGUUGGCCUCACUGCCCGCUAAAGAUGAAGGUACGGUCGGUGAGAGAUCCGUCGAUAUUGACACCCUUAUAAACCGAAAGGCAAAGUUUUUUCCGGAUGCCAGCACGGCUACACAGCUGUUCAACGGCAUACCAUUCAAUGAACUGCCCAUUUGCAAUAUUCGUGUCUCGCCCAACAACACAAUUAUAUCAGUGACAGACUACAAAGGAGUGCCAAGGCUAAUACGCUCCUGUGGUAUUGAAGGCUUUAAAAACACAAGGAAAGGCACAAACAUUGCUGCUCAAGCAACCGCAGUUAACAUUAGUUCAAAAGCAGUUGAGCUUGGCUGGAAAACCAUACGUGUUAAAGUUCGCGGUCUGGGACCAGGACGAAUGUCGGCUAUUAAGGGAUUGCAAAUGGGAGGCUUGAAUAUAGUUUCUAUUACUGACAAUACCCGAGUAUCAUGGAAUCCGCCAAGACCUCGAAAACAAAGGAGUCUUUAAUUGAACUAACAAAAUCUCAGUUCAAUCCAGACGUUUGCUGUUUUCAUUUUUAAUUGUAG